ACGAUUGUAAACUUUGAAAGUAGAGAGAAACUCUAAAUAAGUGGUCAGUAGUAGCGAGAAGCGCAUGCGGGGGUACAUUCGAGGUAAAUGUGUUUUCAUCAACAGGAUUUCCGUGUAAUAUAUUUUGACAAUUUAUCGACAUUUUUUUUCGUACUGCGAGACGUGCAAGCGAUAUUUUCCAUGCGCGUGCGAACCAGGUUUUAUAACAGGAGUCAAUAUAAUAUUAAAGCGAACUAUUGUAUGUAUAUCCAUUUGUUCAACCAGAUAUUCGAAAACUUGAGUACAAUACAAUGGAAGCAAUUAAACUUCGAAAAUAAUACCAGCGUAACCUUCUUUUUUUUAGAUAGAAGAAAGCUUUAUAGCCGUUCGCAUGCGGAGACGCUUUUUCUUCCCAAACUGUGAGAGUGGGAGUUGUAAUAACGUAGUACUGCUGUUAAUACUUUUUACAGAGACUAUAGAAGUUGCUGAAAUGAAAGUGAAUUUAUGAUUUUCUUUGCCCUGACAUGGUACCCCUUUUUGGUUGGGCAUUCUGCGAGGGAUACAGUCAACUCUUAUCAUUAGCGAUAAAUAUGUUUUUCUAUUUUAUACAGGACUUCUAUGUUUUAGGUUUUCUCGUAAAUUUGUCUAAAGUACUAUUAGGCUUGGUUAUUGCCUUCAAUUAGCAAAGCUGUGAUAAACUUCAACGAUUGCACAGUGCAAAAGCCUGCCAAGAAGAGGGAAAAGUGAAGGAAGGAAUUCCUCUGGGUCCAUGGCCGAGCUGUUAAACAGGGAUCUAGGAUGUAAAAGAACAUUUCUAGGUAUUAAUAUGUUGUUAAUGUAAGUACAUACAAGUAUGGUGACAAGAUACACUCCAUCUACUGUAUUAAAAACAAUUAUUACUUUUUACGAGCAAUGUGUGAAGAAAUGUUACGCGAGACAUAUGGUUAAUCAUUUUAGGAGAGUCUUGGAAAACGCAUGGCUGACGUAAAAUCGUCCAGUGUUUCUGAGGGAUGAGAUAUGUGAAAAGUUCAGGUUUCAUAAGUGUGUCCGUCGAUGCUAAGUAACUAGAUAAGAAGGUAGUAGUAGCAGUAGUAGUAGUUCUGGUAAUACUUAGCAGAUAGUAGGGCUAGUAGUAGAUUAUUCGGCCAGCAUGCAAGGUGGUUUGUAAAACUUGGAUACUCCCUCCAUUUUGUGGCCCCGCGAUGGUCUCCAAAACUAUAUUUAUUAUUAUACGCUUUUUAAUUAUAUUUGAUAUUCACUAUUUCUAUUUUACUAUCAACAGCUGAAUAAAACACCUUUAUUAAUUGAGAAAAUAUAUUUACAAGUAAAAUGGUUCUUAUUCUUAGGUAUUUCAUAGGUAUGUUUUCUAUGACUAUUUAUGCCUUAAAAUCGUAGCGCAAGUGUUAUUCUUAGUUUGUUUCAGCUUUUAGGAGAGAGUGAGAACAUUCCGUAUUUCAGGAAGCGCGAUGAUAAAUAUUGAUGAUAAUAAUGUAUUCAUUGUAAUUUUAAUUUUAGCUCACAUUUGGUAUUUACUUUCUUUAAGGUGCAUAUUUUAUGAACUUAUCUAUUUUUAGCUAAGAUGUGAUUGCAUAUUUCUUAUUUUUACGUAUUUUACAGAAUUGCUGUCCUAAAACUUUCAGGUUUUCUUUCAGAAUCAUAGCCCAAAUAUUUUUAUCGAGCUUUGUAGGGGGAAACUCCAAAUUUCAGGAAUGGUACAAGUUAUAGACACUCCCGAGCGUAAUAAACGUGAUAUAAUGAAUAUUGAUGAUAAUGGCAGCUGUCCCAAAAAAUGUUCUGCCUAGAUAGCUGGAUGAAUGUUUCAUGGGCAUACACGAGUAGAGUGAAUAGGAACAAUAAAAUUAUGUUAAGAAUGAUUAAAGCCCCCGAUUUAUACAGCAAUAUAUGAAGACAGCAAUCAAACGAACAUCACAAUUUUUACAGGAUAAAUGUGUGGAUAAUAGUAGCAUGGUCUACUGUCAAUAUAGGUAUUGAUGAAAUUUUACGAAAUACGAGUAUUUGCAGCCAGAUUCCAAGCAAAAGCUUCUAAAAACGUUCACGAUUUCCAUACGUUUGAAGAAAUUCAGGGACAUAUUUGGGAAACUAACAUAAUGACGCCAAAAGUUAUAUUUCUUCACGCCCUUGAAGAUGAUUGCAGGCUGAUACAUGCAGAACGAGCAUCAAUUGAAUUGAUAAUUGAAAUGAUGAAGAGGUUAAGAACUGUGGCAUGCUGGCGAUUUUCGAUUGUGCAAAUGAACCCAGAAUUACGGAACGACUUGAUUUUUCUUCACCUGAUAGAAUUGAUCUUAGCAGUGGCGGUUGAGGUUUUCUAGGGGUUUUCCUCGCCCGAGUGCGAAUGCAGUCACUAAGAAACCACGUUCCCCUAAUGAAUUGUAGAUAAAAUGAAAAUUGUACUUAUCCUAUUAAUGAUCAUGUAAUUUUAGAUCAAAUAGUCAUUAAAUAUAUUUAUAUAAUAAA